CGGCUCUUCCGGGGGCGGGGCCUCAGAGCGCGCCAGCCCCACCGCCCCGCCUCUCGGCCCCGCCCCCGGCCCUGCCCAAUCCUAGGCGCGGCGGGCUCGCGAGUCCAAGCCGGGAGAGCUAGGAAGCGUUCAGAAGCCAAGUCAUGGAUCCACCUGCCCGCAAAGAAAAAUCCAAAGUUAAAGAACCUGUCAGCAGAGUGGAGAAGGCCAAGCAGAAAUCAGCCCAGCAGGAGCUGAAGCAAAGACAAAGAGCAGAGAUCUAUGCCCUCAACCGAGUCAUGACAGAGCUGGAGCAGCAGCAGUUCGAUGAGUUCUGUAAACAGAUGCAGCCUCCCGGAGAGUGAGCCACCCGUGUCCAAACGACACGGCCCCCGGAGGCUGUGCUGGUCAGCUUGUUGCCAGUUUUAGGCCGAGCCGGUCCACUUGGAACCUUACGGCACCAGACAAGACGACAUCUGGGUUCUUCCUAAAACUGGAUAAAUGUGAACUUCCUGUGUGUGACUCCUGCUUCACUGGUUACUCCCGUCUGAAUUGGCCCGAUGCUUGCUGAAGAGAUUGUUUUAUUCUUCUAAGACACUAGACCCUAGAUUUUUUUUUUUAACUUUUUUCUAUUGUUUGAGAAAAAAAUCAGUGUUUCUCGUGAAACUGUAGAUCUUCUCCAAAAAUAUAAAUAAAAGACUGAUAAAAUGUU